AUGGGUGUUAUGCGUCUCCCCCGCCCAACGGGCAUCUAUGUCCCCAAUUCUUCAAGAACCCUCACGAACGACAUGAUCUCUCCGCCCCUUUCCCCAGAAUUCAGCUUCGAUUCCGAGACAGUUACACCCUCCCUCCUUCCAGCACUAGAAUUCAUUUCUAUCAAGCUUCAGCAAAGAAUGAUGCACGUCACCCUCCUGCUUGGCCGCGGAAAGCCCUAUCCGACCGGCCAGCCCUCCGAUUUGAUGAUCAUCCCCGUGCACCCCAUUGAGUCACAAGCAUGGCGAUUCCUUGAACGAGUCAUUGCCAAAGCCUCAAAGAAGUUCUCCCUCGGCCCCAGCUGGACCGAUGCCCUUGGACGAAGCCAGUAUGAGCGCCAGGCAAACGACCACCUCGUCCAACAAUCGAUCCUCCAGAACGAAGUCGUCUUCAGCCAGGAGGGUCUCACUCUCCUCAACAUGGACCGCAUUUAUACCUUCAAGCGCCGCAUGUGCAUUCUUUCUAACCGUCCCUUCUCCCGCAACGACGAACAAUCCAUCUCAUCCUGCAUCCAGCUGCUCCACCGUAUAGUCGCAGAUUUCGCCGGUCGCCCGUUCACCAAAGCUUUCUUUCAUCGCGUAUAUGAGCAGCUCGAUGUCCCAGAUGAGCAGCUUACUGCCGUCGCAGCUGCUUACAAGAAUUUCCACAACCAGGAUGCUAUUAUACUUCCAUUGCAGGCGAAAGUUCAAUCGACCGUUCACCCGAUAGUCCAACAGACCAUUCCAGUCCAACCGAUAGUUCAACCAAAAAUUGGAAUAACCCAGGUCGACAUUCCAGUCAAAGCCCCGGUAAAAGUACCAGUCAAGGUUCAGGCGAAAGCGCACGUCAAACCCCAGCAGAUCAUUGCGAAGCCCAAGGCCGAUCCCAUCCCGAUUCGGGUGAAGGCCGAGCGCCCUCGCGAGGUGAAGAGGUCACCGAUCCAGACUGUGCGUGGUCGGAGACAACCUCCGCCAUCCAAAAUGCGAGGACAGAACAAGAGGGGGCCCAAAACACCUCUUUCCGCGUCAGAUGUCACUCCCAUCACGCGAAACGAGUGGAAUAUCCUUGUCAGUAAGGAUAUCCGUGUGCAACCCAGAGUCACCAAGUGGACUCCCUCGCCGACUGUGCUGGCUGCUGCUUGUGCUUGA